GACUAUCCACAGUUCAUCUUCAUUCAUUCGUUGAAUCGUAUGUCGUGCUGCGCAAGCAAAGAAAUCAACUAACGAGCAGAGGAUUUUUUUGAUUCCACGUUUUGUAAAAUUUGUCAAUAACUUGCAUACCUAUCCAAUUAUAUUGUAGUGUGAGAAUUUCGAACAGUACUAAGUGAAUUGUGUUUCAAAGAUGUCGCGUUAUCGGGAAUGGGAUCUCUCAUGCAAAGUCUAUGUUGGAAAUCUUGGAACAAACGCUUCUAAAUAUGAAAUAGAGAAAGUGUUCUCGAAGUACGGAAAUAUCCGAAAUGUGUGGGUGGCAAGAAACCCGCCUGGCUUCGCUUUUGUCGAGUUUGAAGACCCCCGUGAUGCUGAGGAUUCUGUUCGUGGUUUAGAUGGAACACGAUGUUGCGGCACCCGCAUUCGUGUGGAAAUGUCUAAUGGGCGCACCAGAAGAGACAGAAGGUCCAUUUUAUCAACCAACCACCAACACACCGACCUCACCACAUCUCUUCACAACUACGGCUCGUAUAUAAUGACAUCCGCUAACGCCGCUCGCCACCACAGCCCGCUCAGCGGCCGGCUCUCCAAACUACUACGCGCAACUGAAGCCUCAACAUGCCUACAAAUCCUCAUGACAGCCAUUACCUAGUCCCAACAUCCUGUCCCGGAGAAAGUAUGUUCUUAAAGAGCCAUUUAGGACCCUUAUCAUCCCGACAUGACCUCCUGAUGCUUCACCGACUGCACACACCGUCAACAAGGCACAGCCAGCAUACAACAGCGGUCUACUCUCCCAACAAUAACUCGCGACCUCCCGAUUAGCCACCGCUCCACGGAAGAUUACAAAGCCUCAAUACAAAAAUCCCUUCGGCCUCACAGCAGCCCAACAUCGAACAACGACCUUCUUCAGGCUCACCAAGUCUCGGUACUUUUUAAAUCCUAUACUUAGCACUACCUAACCUACCUAUAUAGCAUUAGUGACUGUUGGCGUAUUACGUGUAAUUAGGUACUUGUACCGUAGAGUAACGAACAUUGUAUUUUAAUUACUCCCAUGAAGUUAAUGACCGCAAUGAUAGUAACGAGCUGUCUGUUCAAGAAAAGGUGAAAAGUUAGAAAGUUUUGUAUUGUUUCAGUUUUUUUUGGGUUGUGUUUUUGGUUCGUGGUUGACGUUUGUUUUUGUCCAGGUCGCGUAGCCGCAGUCCGCGCCGCCGCUCGUACUCGCGCGGCCGCUCAGUGUCGCCGCGUCGCUCGCCGUCAAUCCGUCGCCGGUCACCUUCCAUCAGACGCUCGCGGUCCCGUGACCGGCGCAGCCGAUCUGACAGCA